AUGCUCGGCAUCGCCGUGGGCCCCAUCUAUGGGUCCUAUAUAGUAAAUGCAAUCGGUUGGCGCUGGGUCUACCAUGUCUCCGCCAUCACCUGUGCGGCGAUAUCCAUCCUUCUUAUACCCGUACGCGAGAGCCGACCGACAACCCUGCUUGAACGCCGCUUUGACAAUCUACAGUCAAAUGUUGGAGAGAUAGAUAUGGAUAUAUCAAAUCCUGACCGGACUGACACUUCCCGGGAGCUUGUGAAGGUGAUUCUGAUGCGGCCAGCCAAGAUCGGUGUCUCGGAACCCAUCAUUAUUUUGGUUUCAGUUCUCAGCGCGUCGGCUUGGGGCAUGAUGUAUCUCUUUACCGAGUCCUUCACCGUCGUGUACAGCGAGUUUGGCUGGAGCUCAAGGGCGACGUCACUGCCUUUCAUUGCCCUGGUUCCAGGAAUUAUUAUGAGUGGAUUUGUUCGCUUUUGGGACUACCACAAGCUGAAGCUCCGGCAGAAAGCCGGUCAGCGACCAGAGCCGGAAGAUAAAAUCGGUGGGUUUGCCAUCGCUGCGCCUGCACUCGCCAUUGGGCUCUGGAUCUUUGGCUGGACAGUUCCACCGCUCGUCCAUGUCCACUGGAUCGUAUCCAUGUUCGGCCUCGUGAUGAUUGGCUUUGCAGCGACGGAGUUCUCGUACACGCUCAGCGGGUAUCUUUCUGACGCAUACACUAUCUACGCCUCAUCGGGAUUAGCUGUCCAAGGCUUCUUACGCGCGCUGACCUCCGGGUGCCUCCCUCUGUUCGCCUAUCCGAUGUAUUCGGGGCUCGGAUCAAACGUCGCGACGAGUAUUAUUGCCGCUGUGGCAACAGUAUUCUGCAUAACACCGUACAUAUUCUUGAAAUAUGGUAAACACCUAAGGGAGAGCAGUCCUUUCGCGCAGUAUAGUGCAAAGAUGAACGACGAACAAGGUGCUGAUUGA